UGAACAAUGAAUAUGAAGUUGUUUGGUCUUUCAAAACUAUAGCGAUCAAUAUGCAAGUUGUAUAUUUAGCAUGCAGUAGAACAAUAAAGGACAUGGUUCACUAACCACCCAAAAACGCCCCAAAAAUCAAUGAAAUCAAAUUUUCAAAAAUGUCAUUUUUUUAUUUUGUAUUCAUCUUCUAUAACAUUUAAAUUGCACAAAAAGUCAAAUUUUAUAAGUGUGCCUUGUUUUCAAUUGUAAAAAAAAAUCAUGAUAAAAGUACAUCACACACAAGAAAAUAGUGAAUUUAAACUAAAUUUCUUUGUUUCAUCAACAAAUAAACUGUCAGCGCACGAGAACACCAUGACAAACUUUGUCUUAAACAAUAACAAAAACAACAAAAGACAAAAUACUAUAUUUUUGUGACGGUGUUAUUGCGCGCUCAUAUCUUACUUUAAAAAAAUGUGUAACCCAGUGCUGAUCUCCGAGAAUCCACCAUGCUUUAUUGAACCUAUCUUUUUAACCCUAUAUUAAAAAAAACACUGCUUAAAAUACCACUUAUUACCGAAAUGUAUUAGAGGUUUUAAGUCUGAAAUGGCAAAAUAAUGAUCUUAUCAAUGUUGGUGUUAAAAAAAAGAAGCCAUAAGAAAUGAUUUUGUGUACGCGUCAUUCGAAAAUAACUGGGUACGAAUAGCGUCGGUAUCCAAUGUAAACAAAGUGCAGACGACGCGUUUUCCAUAGUCGGAUAUACCCGAUAUUUUAAAGGUAAGUUGGCAUUUAGAUAAACAAUUAUUUUUUCUAUUCAAAAAAUGAUGGUUUACCCAUUUCAUGGUCCAUAAUUAUGGCUUCUAUAUCGUAUGUUAUAAUCCAUUCGCGCGAUUACGAACGAUGUCACUGUUAAAGUAGAUAUAUACUGGUUAGCGAGUAGUGCUCGGACGUAAAAAAGGGCUUUGUUUAAUAACUUUCUUAAUAAUACAAAAUAUAUUUUUUUUAAAGUUACUGAUACAUUCUGGGUUCUUCAUUUACAAGCAAGUGCAAACAAAACAUUGUUUGAUAUGCACAUGCAUUUGUACGAGGGCCGAAUUUGGGGUCAUUAAAGGGAGGUAAUUUUCCACUGUACAGAAGUACAGAGUUAUUGGAAACAAAUUAAAGUUAAUAUGAAACAUUCCUGAACACAUUAAGAUAACGUAAAUACAUUUUAAUUUGAUAGUGGGAAAUGUCGUCUUAUGCGCGUGUAAAUAAAGUUAAAUGUGUUUUCCAAUAUUGGUGCAAACAAAGAUCUAUUAAUAAACACGUAGAUCUAUAUUUAACGAUUUUUGAUCAAACGAUAAUAUCCUUUUUCAAGAGAGAAAAUCCAAACAGUGAGAAUUUAAUGUUAACUGAGAUUUUCUGCUAUUUCUUUGAAAUGUUUACUAGGUACAUUUUGCAAGCAAUUCAGAUAUCUGUAUACAACAAAAAGUGCCGAUUUUAAAUUGACGAAAGCAAUAAUUUAAAUAGUGUUUGAGUGUCAGCAACAGCAGUUUGUGGUUAAAAAAAUAUUGUAAAGUAAAAUAAUCUGCCUAUUGUAGUAGACGAAGGAAAAUCACAAGCACACGGAUAGGGUUUCGGUACAGUCUCGGCGAUUUAAAGCGAAAAAAAAGCUGAUUUUAACAUUCAAAUCUGCUCAUUUUGGAAGAUGUUGUAAACAUGACGAUAAAUAUGUUAUUAAACUAUUCAUAAUUGCAAUUUCUUUGCGAGAUAAAUUGUGUGUUAUUGAAGCUGAAAAUGUACUCUUUUUAUUAGCUGAGAAAUCUAAUUUCACUCAUUAGUUAACUAUAACUAUACUGUAUACUAACCACGUAGAUUUUGUUUCUAAAUCUUAUUUUAAUUUCAGGAUGGUGAAAGCCUACAAAUGCAUUUGCUGUAAUAAGCGUGCAAAACCAAAAGAUCGUCGCCCAUUGACUGACACUGUUAAAAACUAUCUACGAAGGGUCUUUCCUGCUUUAGAUCCAACAGACAGUGAUGUCAUUUGUUUUCAAUGUCGAGUCAAAAGCUACAAGAAUGCCCCAAAGCCUAGGCAAUGUUCAGACAACAUCAGCAAUGAUCCGGACUACCAACCCCAACCAUCUACAUCCAGACAGCCAUUUAGCCCAUUAUCAAUCACCCUGCAAAUUCCAUCAACCAUAAGAAGCCAUUCCAGAUGUUUUAUAUGUAAGCGCCCAGGUCCAAAACUGAUCUCAUUGCCAGCAGACGGUCGUUUAUCUGCCUUUAUAGAUCACAACAUUAUUAUUUCCGCGGAUUCCAGAUGUUGUCCAUCUCACGUCUAUGAAGGGACAUUGACCGAGACAGCUUUAAAGGAUAUGAAGACUAUUACAAAAACAUCUCAAAUGAAUAGAACAGGCGUCAACGACUUGUUACAAAAAAUUAGAAAGCUUUACCAACAACAGUCAAGACAUUUGAAUUUUGACAAUUUAAGUGAUGCAGAUUGUCAGUCACUUACGAAGCUAAAUCAAGCCCAGUUUGAAGAUCUUUAUAAUCAUCUUUUUGACAAGAUAAAAAACACCCCAAAUAGAUCCAUCAAAACCAGUAUUGGCAUAUUCUUAUGCAAACUGUGUUCCAGUAUGUCCAACAGGCUGUUAUCGACGAUCUUUGGAAUUACAAAGUCAAGUAUACGCCGUGCAGUAUCAACGGUAAGGCAUGCAUUCAUGCGCGGUUUUGUGCCUCUGUAUCUUGGCAUUGACAGUGUCACUAGGGAAUCGCUGAUAAAUGAACAUACAAAGCCUUUAGCGAAGAAGCUGUUUGGAAACCAGGAAGAGAGGUUAAUUCUUGUUUUGGAUGGUACAUACAUCUACAUCAAUAAAUCGAACAACUUUCAGUUUCAGCGCCGUUCAUUUAGUUUGCAUAAGGGAAGGCCAUUAGUGAAGCCCAUGGUAGUUGUCACAACAACUGGACAUUUGCUGAUAAUAGUAGGCCCGUACUUGUCAGACGGCAAGAACAAUGACGCAGCAAUAUUAAAUCACAUGUUGAAGACAAACAUAGAUGAUAUUAGGGGGCUUUUGAGAGAAGGGGAUGUAUUUGUUGUAGACCGAGGGUUCCGAGAUGCGUUACCCCUGUUAAAGAACCUUGGCAUUAAUGCUAAAAUGCCAGCCAUUAUGCAGAAAGGAGAAAAACAAUUGACUACGGGAGAAGCGAAUGCGAGUCGACUAGUAACGAAAAGCAGAAGGGUGGUCGAAUCGGCAAACGCUAGAAUCAAGAGAUUCAAAUAUCUAGAUCAUGUGAUGCCAAAUAGCCAGCUGCCAUUUAUUGGUGACUUUGUUAGAAUUGUUUGCGCCAUCUCAAACAAAAACUUCCCCCCUCUAAGUUCCCCAGACCAAGUCGAACAAGAUGAAUUGAUCGCCGAAAAGAUGCUGCAACAAAAUGAAAAAGAAAACGAGCUGAAAACGUUAGUAGAAGAGAAAGGUCUUGCUAGGAAAAAGACAAUUUGGCGGCCUAUUGAAGAUUGUGAAGUACAGAGAUUUCUGCGUUUAAGUGAUGAACAGCUAAGUGAACUAACACUUGGUGUUUACCAAUUUUGCGUUUGAGUUCCAGCUACAUGCAAGAGCAUACAACUGGAAAUUGUGACAUUAAAGUGCAUGUUCACGAGCAAAGUUUGAUUUCUGCAAAAUUGCAAAGUCGCCAUACAUCUAGCAGAAGGUACAUGCUGUGGAUACGUCACAGUGAGGAUAUGGUCGAAUCAUGGUACUGCCAAUGCAAGACUGGAUCGCGAGUGGUUGGAAUGUGUUCACACAUUGCAGCCGUAGUCUGGUUCUUGUCUGCCGGUAGAUAUCAGCAAAAGGAAAGUUUGGGGGUUCGAGACUGGGGAAAGUACCUGUCUGACGCUUCUGCAAUUCAUAUUGAUGAUUCAAGUUCUAGCGAGAGUGAUAGCGAAGUUUUUUAGACUGAUUUUAUUUCAUUCUACCAGGGUCUCCAUGCAGGGCUCGAAUUUAACUUUUGUUCUACUAGCAAAACAUUGCGAGCAGCUUUAAUACCAACUUGCAAAAUCAAAAACAUUCUCGCAAAUUUUGCUGGGAACAUAAAUAAAAGCAAGUUUGGACAUUAGUUUAGUACUAUUAAAACAAAAUAAAAUAUGACAUCAACAACAAGUUUUAGUGUUAUAUGUUAAGUUCUUUUUCCCACUUUUCACUGUUUUCGUAGAAGGAUUUAAUUUCCGUUUUUUUUCCUAACUCAACGGUUAACUUUGCUUUAUAUUUCGUAUUGUUAUUUCCAUCUGUGGGCAAAAAGAAACUUAGUUAUUUUUCGCUUCGACGCCAUGACUGUUCAAGUUUCAUGCCUCUCAUAAUGAACAUGUGUGGAUAAUCGACUGUUUCACGUUCUUUGUACCAAUACCAUCUGCAUAUAUGUACUAUAAGUAUACCAGUCUACAUACAAGGUGCGAGCUUCCGCAUACGGGUAUUCGGACGUUCUAUAAAUUGACCUGCGGUUUAGCGUUCACAACAUCGAGCGCAUUUAGCAAUGUUACUCUUUUUUCACUAUUUCU